AUGUGCAAGAUGGAUCCUCCGCAUUCCGGGAAAGAUCUCUCAAACACACCAGCAAUUCCAUUUGCCACUGCUUGUGCCAACCUCCCAUACGACCUAUUUGUUUGGGAGAUCUUGGCGCGCCUUUCCGUGAAACACCUCCUGAUCUACAAAGACAUCUCACCCUGUUGGUGUGCUGCCAUAGAUGAUGCUGCCUUUGUCCGCCGCCACCGUGAAUUCUCUCGUGAAAGUCCUCCUUCCAUGUUGAUCAUCCCUCGCAAGAGUUCCUUGGAGGACGACAUUGAGCUCUCCGAGGACAUCAUCUUCCACCGCCUUCAUAUUGGAAGGACACUCGACACUUUUGAGGAGGAGAAGGUAGAGCUGAUGCUUAAAAAGGAAUGUCCACCGGGAGUAGAAGGUAUCACAAACAAGAUUUUCCCCAUGCAUUGUGAUGGUUUGGUUGCCAUCGCGACUGUCAAUGACCAGGUAUUUGUGUGCAACCCAGCAACCCAAGAGCUCGUGGCAUUGCCACGGGGCACCCCAGAUGCCCGUAUAAUUAAGGACCCCGUUGCAGCUCUUGGCUUUGAUGCAUCGCGCAACCAAUAUGUUGUUGCGAGGUACUUCUACUGGCACUACGAUGUCGAUGAAUCCAUCGGAGUGCUGGAUUACGAGAUCGGGCAUGAGGUUUUCAUGCUCGGUGGUGACUCCUGGGAGCUCACUGAUUGUCCGCCAGGUGUGAUUGUCGCUACACCACCAGUGUUCGUGCAAGGGGCCUUCUACUGGGGGACUUGCGCCAAUGACGAUCUUCAGUCAGGCGUGCUGUUGCGGUUCAACUUGAGGGAGAGGAAUUUUGACAUGGUUCCAUACCCUCCUGAAUUUGUCUACCACGAUCACCUUGCGGAUCUCAACGGCAAGCUCUGCUACGUUAGUAGUGUCUCAGAGCCGACAUAUGACGUGUGGCAGCUAGAGGAUGACAAGAUACACCAACCUAAGUGGUCGUUGCGAUGUCGCAUUGAUCCGGUUGACGAAGGUCUUGGUGUUGAUGCUUUCUUCCCAAUUUGGGCAGGUGCGGGCAGGAUUAUGGUGGCUGUCGACUACGAGAAGCUUUACUGGUGUGAGGAGAAGAGUGGAUAUAUGGAGGAAAUUUUGGAGUUUGAAGAAGAAACUGAUCUAGACUCGGAGGAUUAUAACUGCUAUCGAUACCAUGUUGUCCCUUACAUGGAGAGUCUCAUCUCUAUCAGAGUAUGCAACCACUGA